AUGACCGAAAGGAAUUCGGCAGAAGAAGAAGAAGACGUGGGAUGUUGUUGUCAAAAGAAUAACAAUGAGCAUUUGAAGAGCUGGCAAGUACAGCUUUGGACAGGGCGGUUCUGGACAGGGCGGUUCUGUAUUCACAAGUACAGCUUUGAAGAGCUAGCAAAAGCAACAGGUGAUUUCUCCAACAACAACCGCGUUGGACAGGGCGGUUCUGGUCAAGUUUAUAGAGGAAAACUUCCCAAUGGUAAAGAAGUUGCGAUUAAGAGGCUUCAAUAUAAUUCAGAUCCUGAUAAACAGCGAAUGGAACUUCUAUUUGAGGAUGAGGUUAAAACCAUUAGCCGCACUCGUCACCCGAAUAUUGUGGAGGUCGUCGGAUACUGCAGCGAAGAAGCUGAUCGAUUGAUUGUUUACGAGUUCUUUGCCAACAAUUGCUUGAAAUCUCAUCUCUAUGUGGGAAGAAGACAGCAGAAAAUGGUGACCGCCCCGAUCGAUUGGCCAACCAGAAUGAAGAUUGCUUUGGGUACAGCAGAAGGAUUGGCAUAUUUGCAUGUAGACCGCCGUGCCUCUACUGAAAAUUGUAAAGAAAUUUUUGAUUCCAAAUUACCGAACAAUUUUGAGAAAAAUGAUAUGAAAAAGCUUAUUUAUUCUGCUGCUUCUUGUGUAUAUAAACCUGCAAAGUUACGCCCACAUAUGUGCGAGUUAAAGUACUAAAUGGAGAUAUGGAACCCAAAACUAUAUGGGUGAGAAGUGAUUGCAAGUACCUAUACAAUGGGUCACCUUACGCUCCAUUUCCUCAAGCUCAGGGAACCUCCAGCUCUUGAUUUCUAUCCAAUACAUGAAUUAACCUCCGCCUUGUAAUAAAAAAGUACGUGUUCUUGCUAAAUGCACGUGCUUUUCUAAGG